CUGAAGGGACCCAAGAUGGCUGAAUACUCACGGGGGGGACAGUUAGCAAUUAUCUGAGCAAGACGUCGGGAAUGAAUGGCAGAUAGCAUUAUAAUGUAAAGCGUAACCUUGAAGUAAUUAUACGACUACAGUUUGUUGGUUUGCAUAAUUUUUGGGAUGCAUGAAUACCAGUAAGGAGAGAGUGGUCUCUCCACGGCCCCGAGCCAGAACAUGGCGGAACACUUGGGAAGAAAUAGCAGCUAACGCUAGCUAGCUGGCGUAUUAUUCAGACACAAAUAGAAACAUUGGUCUGGGUUAAACACGGUGUCUGCAGUCCGCAAGUGUGAAAUAAUGUUAUCGGUGCGCAGCUCAUGUCAUUUUGAUUCAAGGUGUUGUUUAACGCUGAAUAUGUGGAGCGUAGGCAGUUAGCGUACUGGCUAGCUAGACUCGUUAGGUUUGCUAGCUAACGUAAGUGGCAAACGUUGCCCGUACGCGGACACAUUGUACUAAUAAGCAGACAGAGUGUUUUGAGAGUCAGAGAUAAUAACGGUAGGGCUUAUUCGGAAUACUCCUUUUUCAACUGUCUGCUAUGAGUUUGCAAUGUCUGUCAGUCCUUGUUUUGUAGAUUAACCCGUUAGCUAACGUCAGUGCCAUCCGCACUGUGAAUUAGACUGUCGUUAGCUUGUUACAAUGGUCUGUAAGCUGAUUUUGUGGUGCGCUGUCCAUAACCCUGGCGAGAUAAGUUUUGAGGCAGCUUGGUAAAAUAAUCAAAUUGUAGUUGUAACAGCAGAAUCGGUCGGGGAAUCUUCCUGGAUACUCGUCCAGGCGUUCCACUUUUAAGCUCCUUCAAAGAACUGUUAGCCUGGUUGACCCCUGACGGUAGAUAGUACUGCAUCGUCGAAGUGAGCAGGUGUAAAAAGUGAACUGAAGUUGUGGCGUUUCUCGACGAAGCAGAAACCCUGUAAAAGCCAAGAAGAUCCGGGAGAGGGAAACCGGUUAUAACUACCUGCCAGGAUGACGGACACUCGUCGACGAGUCAAAGUCUAUACCCUCAAUGAGGACAGACAGUGGGAUGACCGUGGGACCGGGCAUGUCUCCUCGGGCUAUGUGGAGCGUUUGAAAGGCACGUCUCUACUGGUGCGAGCAGAGAGUGAUGGUUCCCUGCUGCUGGAGUCCAAAAUCAAUCCAAACACAGCCUACCAGAAACAACAGGAUACGUUGAUAGUAUGGUCAGAGGCUGAAAAUUAUGAUCUGGCGCUCAGCUUCCAGGAGAAGGCGGGCUGUGAUGAAAUCUGGGAGAAAAUAUGCCAGGUGCAGGGAAAGGACCCAUCAGUGGACAUCACACAGGAUGUAGUGGAUGAGUCUGAGGAGGAGCGCUUUGAUGACAUGUCGUCACCAGGUCUGGAGUUACCACCAUGUGAACUGAACCGCUUGGAGGACCUUGCGGAGCUGGUGGCCUCCUCACUCCCUUCACCACUGCGGCGUGAGAAACUGGCACUGGCUGUGGAGAACGAGGGCUACAUUCGCAAGCUCCUAGAGCUGUUCCGUGUGUGUGAGGAUUUGGAGAACAGAGAGGGACUGCACCACAUGUAUGAAAUCAUCAAAGGCAUCUUCCUGCUCAAUCGUACUGCACUCUUUGAGGUUAUGUUCUCUGACGAGUGCAUCAUGGACGUCAUUGGUUGUCUGGAGUUUGACCCAGCACUCCCGCAGCCACGGCGGCAUCGGGAGUUUCUGACUAAGACAGCCCGCUUUAAGGAGGUGAUCCCCAUAUCUGACCCUGAACUGCGUCAGAAAAUACACCAGACGUAUCGCGUGCAGUAUAUUCAGGACAUGGUGCUGCCCACGCCCUCUGUUUUUGAGGAAAACAUGCUGUCCACCCUGCACUCCUUCAUCUUCUUCAACAAGGUGGAGAUUGUGGGCAUGCUACAGGACGAUGAGAAGUUCCUGACAGACCUCUUUGCACAGCUAACAGAUGAGGCUACAGAUGACGACAAAAGACACGAACUGGUGAACUUCCUAAAGGAAUUCUGUGCAUUCUCACAAACGUUACAACCUCAAAACAGAGACGCCUUCUUCAAGACAUUGUCAAACAUGGGCAUUCUACCUGCACUAGAGGUCAUACUGGGAAUGGACGACGUUCAGGUCCGUGGGGCAGCCACAGAUAUUUUCUCUUAUCUGGUGGAGUACAACCCAUCCAUGGUACGAGAAUUUGUCAUGCAGGAGUCUCAGCAGAAUGAUGAUGACAUCCUCCUGAUCAACCUCAUCAUAGAACACAUGAUCUGUGACACAGACCCAGAGCUAGGUGGAGCGGUGCAGCUGAUGGGCCUACUUCGGACUCUGGUGGACCCUGAGAACAUGCUGGCUACUGCAAAUAAAACAGAAAAGACAGAGUUCCUGAGCUUCUUCUACAAGCACUGUAUGCACGUCCUCUCAGCUCCACUACUGGCCAACACCACAGAGGAAAAACCCAGCAAGGAUGACUUUCAAACGUCCCAGUUGCUGGCCUUGAUUCUGGAGUUGCUGACAUUCUGUGUUGAGCACCACACUUACCACAUCAAGAACUACAUCAUCAACAAGGACAUUCUGAGGAGGGUAUUGGUGCUCACUGCCUCUCAGCAUGCCUUCCUGGCACUAUGUGCCCUACGCUUCAUGCGGAGGAUCAUUGGUUUGAAGGACGAAUUCUACAAUCGCUACAUCAUGAGAAACUUUCUUUUUGAGCCUGUCAUUAAGGCCUUCCUCAACAACGGCUCCCGCUACAAUCUCAUGAACUCAGCCAUCAUUGAGAUGUUUGAGUAUGUCCGUGUGGAGGAUGUGAAAUCUCUCACUGCUCAUAUAGUAGAGAACUACUGGAAGGCUCUAGAGGAUGUGGACUACGUCCAAACGUUCAAGGGCCUAAAGCUGCGGUAUGAGCAGCAACGAGAGAGGCAAGACAACCCCAAACUGGAUAGCAUGCGUUCCAUCCUGAGGAACCACCGUUUCCGUCGUGAUGCAAGGACACUGGAGGAUGAAGAGGAGAUGUGGUUCAACACCGAUGAAGAUGACCUUGAGGAUGGCGAGGCAGUGGUUCCUCCCUCUGACAAGAUGAAGACAGAGGAAGACCUCAUGGAACCUAUAAGCAAGUUCAUGGAGAGAAAGAAAUUGAAAGACCCAGAGGACAAGGAAGUACUGGGGAAGUCGAGCUUAUCGGGCCGACAGAACCCCAGCUUCAAGCUCGCCUUCUCUGGCUCCACUAAAACCAGCCUGUCCAGCCCUCCUUCAUCUGCCUCAUUGAACCCAGGUUCUCCGGGAUCCCCGGGCUCUCCGGGCUCAGGAGCACGGAGCUCACCUUCCACCACAACUGUAACCACAAAGGGUUUAGUGGGACUUGUGGACUAUCCUGAUGACGACGAUGAGGAGGAAGAAGAGGAGGAGGAUGGGGAGAGUAAAGAGGACCCUCUGCCACCUUCGAAGAAGUCCAAACUGAGCUCCUAAAGGAGCUUCACUGUCUCAGCUUGUGCUCCGCUCAGACAGUUUCAGCGCAUAGACUUUACACAGGAAUGAUCAAACUUGUAAACAAAUUGAAUGAAUGAAAGCCACCCCUCCUGGUCAGCGGGUGGCCAACAGAGGAGCGGACUGCGAACGGAUGCGAAGCCUCCUCAGACUAGCCCACUUCAUACAAGUGCCAAUCAGGAAAGGAAAGGAAAGGAGCAAAAACGUCUGGAAUGGUUGAGGGAGAAAAAAAUCACACUCAACAGAUCGUCAGCAGACUCGGACAGUAAGACCGGUUGGAGUUUAGCAACUGGAGGAAAAGACCACAUACAAAAACACAUGUACACGCAGAGUGAAAUCCCAGAGAGCUCGCGGGCUCGGACCAUAACCCACUGCCCCCCGCCCCCCACUCAGGGAAGGACAUCACAGCGGCCCAAAUGGGUCGGCCAAUUCAGACCCAGAACCACCACUCGCACCCCUAUCCCCCUCCUCAGAAUUCACCUUCCUCCUUGUUUCUUUCUACAUCUUUUCUCCUCUGCUCUCUCUCCCUCUCUGUCUGUUGCUUUUUGUCUUUUUAUUUUUUUAAGUUAGUAUAUAGGACCAGACGGGAGGCAGCAUGUGGCAAAGAGCUGUCCUUGUUGUCGUUUGAUGAUGUCAUCAGUGUCGUCGUUCCUCAGCGGACGUUCUUUCUCUGAAGA